GGAAGGGGCGGGGUUCCAGUGGCCGAGUCUCCGUCGCCGCGGGAGCCGGAGCGGGUGGGCGGCUGAGGCAAGAUGGUGGACUACAGCGUGUGGGACCACAUCGAGGUGUCGGACGAUGAAGACGAGACGCACCCCAACAUCGACACAGCCAGCCUCUUCCGCUGGCGGCACCAGGCCCGCCUGGAGCGCAUGGAGCAGUUCCAGAAGGAGAAGGAGGAGCUGGAACGGGGCUGCCGCGAGAGCAAGCGCAAGGUGGCCGCGUGCCAGCGGAAGCUGAAGGAGCUGGAGGGGGCCAGGGGCGGGGCCGGCCCCGGGGAGCUGGAGCGGCUGCAGUCGGAGGCGCAGCAGCUGCGCAAGGAGGAGCGGAGCUGGGAGCAGAAGCUGGAGGAGAUGCGCAAGAAAGAGAAGAACAUGCCCUGGAACGUGGACACGCUCAGCAAGGACGGCUUCAGCAAGAGCAUGGUCAACACGAAGCCCGAGCCAGCGGCCGAGGACUCCGAGGAAGCGCGGGAGCAGAAACACAAAACCUUUGUGGAGAAAUACGAGCAGCAGAUUAAGCACUUUGGUAUGCUCCGCCGCUGGGAUGACAGCCAGAAGUACCUGUCGGACAAUGUCCACCUGGUGUGCGAGGAAACGGCCAACUACCUGGUCAUCUGGUGCAUCGACCUGGAGGUGGAGGAGAAAUGCGCCCUCAUGGAGCAGGUGGCCCAUCAGACCAUCGUGAUGCAGUUCAUCCUGGAACUGGCCAAGAGCCUCAAGGUGGACCCCCGUGCCUGCUUCCGGCAGUUCUUCACCAAGAUCAAGACAGCCGAUCGGCAGUACAUGGAGGGCUUCAACGAUGAGCUGUCGGCAUUCAAGGAGCGCGUGCGUGGCCGAGCCAAGCUGCGCAUCGAGAAGGCUGUGAAGGAGUACGAGGAGGAGGAGCGCAAGAAGAGGCUGGGCCCCGGCGGCCUGGACCCCGUGGAGGUCUACGAGUCUCUCCCCGAGGAGCUGCAGAAAUGCUUUGACGUGAAGGACGUGCAGAUGCUGCAGGAUGCCAUCAGCAAGAUGGACCCCACUGAUGCAAAGUACCACAUGCAGCGCUGCAUCGACUCUGGCCUCUGGGUUCCCAAUUCCAAGUCCAGCGAGGCCAAGGAGCAGGAGGAGGCAGGGGCCACGGAGCCCUUGCUGGAAACUGACCCCAAGCCGGAUGACGAGAAGGGCGCCAGGGAGCAGCAGGAUGGUGGGGACGAGGACGCCAGCGCGUGACCUAGCCCAGUCGCCACCAACUCUCUGCUUGCAGGCCCCCGCGCUCCCUUUAUCAGCAGAAAUAGACACCAUCUUGCUAGCUCUCGGCUCCCCCACCUUUCACUGCUCCCCCAGCCUCAAGCUGAGUGGGGAGGGUGGGGGGGCCAAUCCUCCUUCCAUCCUGCACUACCCACCCCAACCCCCAGCAUUCAUCCAAGUCUGCUUUGAGUUGAGGGGCUUCACUGCCUGCAGCUCCCCUCUCUUACCCCUGUCCCCCCCAUCAGCAUUAUGCCAAAGGCCCUGGGGUACAGGGAGGGGCUCAGGUCGCAGGCCUGUGGGGAGUGUCCCUAGUGGGGGGGCUCUGCUUCAGUCAUCAGGAGCGCCUCUUCACUGUGGGCCCACUGUUGAGAUCUCCCAAUAAAGGAUUUCAGAUGCUG